AUGUACCCUAUUGUCCGUACCAUGAUCUCGGCUAUCCUUUCUCCGGCAAAGGCAACGGCGCGUGUGGUUAACGUUACUGGUGAUGGUACCAGGACUCCUACUUCUAACUACCGUCUUCAUCGUCACGUCUAUACUUCAGUCCCAUUCACAGGUAUUGACACAAGUGCUGCUACAAAGCAUGGAAUCAAGGUUGCUAAAAUUCCAGGUGGUGCAACUGGAAAUGCAGAUUCCUGUGUUGAAAUGGCCAUGUUUCUAAUGUUGGGUCUUCUUCGUAGGCAGGUAUUCAUUAUGGGUUUGGGAAGCAUUGGGAUUAGCUUGGCGAAGCGCUUGCACCCAUUUGGUGUGAAGAUCAUACCCACUAAACGAAGCUGGGAAGAAGGCCCCUUUGAUGCAAAGAAUUCCUGCAAUUUUGAAGGUGGUCUUGUGGACGUAAAGGGAAAUCACAGAGACAUUCAUGAUUUUGCCCGUGAAGCUAAUAUAGUUGUUUGUUGUUUAGGAAUGAACACAGAAACAGGUGCAAUUCUGGUGAAUAUAGCGAGAGGUGGCCUGUUGGAUUACCAGGCAGUUUUUCGUCAUCUUAAAUCUGGACGCUUGGGCGGAUUAGGAAUGGAUGUUGCUUGGAACGAGCCUUUUGAUCCUGAUGAUGACAUCCUCAAGUUUCCUAAUGUCGUGGGUGAGGUUGCCUUACAACUUCAUUCUGGGAAACCGUUGAAAGGCAUUGAAAUUGUCAAUUGA